UGCCCGUCCCUGUGGCGCUCCCUGCCCGCCCCGCCGGCCGAGCUGCGCCUGGACCUGGUGCUCGGCCCGGGGGCCUGGACAGGUGUGCUGGGGGGGCGCGUCUGGACGCUGAGGCAGGACCCGGACCGCCUCUGGUACACGGUGUACGGCGAGGAGGAGGAUGGGCGUCCCACCAAGGCUGCAAAGCUGGAUGGUGCUGAGACGGACCAGAUCCUGCGCGACUACUUCCAGCUGGACGUGGGGCUGCCGGCCCUGUACUGCGCCUGGGGGGCGGCCGACCCCCUCUUCCGCAAGGUGGCCGACGACUUCCCAGGGGUGCGGGUGCUGCGGCAGGACCCCGUCGAGUGCCUCCUCUCCUUCAUCUGCACCUCCAACAACCACAUCUCCCGCAUCACCGCCAUGAUCGAGCGCCUCUGCCAGGCCUUCGGCCGACGCCUCUGCCGCCUCGACGCCCGGCCCUUCCACGCCUUCCCCUCCCUCUCGGCGCUCGCAGGAGAGGGGUGA